AAGGGGCGGGCUUAGUGAAGAUGGCGACGCCGGAGGUGUUAGAGUCAGACCUGCCUGGCGCCGUGACACUUUUGAAAAACCUACAGGAGCAGGUGAUGGCUGUAACUGCACAAGUACAAGCUCUGACAAAAAAAGUUCAAGCUGGAGCCUAUCCUACAGAGAAGGGUCUCAGCUUACUAGAAGUGAAAGACCAGUUGCUGCUCAUGUACCUUAUGGAUCUGAGCCAUCUCAUCCUGGACAAAGCCUCAGGUGGAUCUCUUCAAGGACAUGCUGCGGUUUUAAGACUAGUGGAGAUUCGCACGGUUUUGGAAAAGAUUCGUCCCUUGGACCAAAAACUGAAGUAUCAAAUUGACAAACUGGUCAAGACUGCAGUGACAGGCAGCCUGAGUGAGAAUGACCCACUUCGCUUUAAGCCUCAUCCCAGCAAUAUGAUGAGCAAGUUGAGCUCAGAGGAUGAGGAGGAAGAUGAAGCAGAAGAAGGUCAAUCUGAGACCUCAGGAAAGAAAUCUGUAAAAGGAACAUCUAAGAAGUAUGUUCCACCACGCUUGGUUCCUGUGCAUUAUGAUGAAACAGAAGCUGAGCGAGAGAAGAAGCGUCUGGAACGAGCCAAAAAACGGGCCCUGAGCAGUUCUGUCAUCCGGGAACUCAAGGAGCAGUACUCGGAUGCUCCAGAGGAAAUCCGUGAUGCUCGGCAUCCUCAUGUAACCCGCCAGAGUCAGGAGGAUCAACACAGGAUUAACUAUGAGGAGAGCAUGAUGGUUCGUCUAAGUGUCAGUAAGCGAGAAAAAGGACGACGAAAACAUGCAAACAUCAUGAGCUCACAACUUCAUUCCCUUACGCACUUCAGUGACAUCAGUGCUUUGACAGGAGGAACUCCUCAUCUUGAUGAGGACCAGAAUCCUACUAAGAAGCGAAAAACGAUGCCCAAGAAAGGUCGGAAGAAAAAAGGUUUUCGGAGGCGGCGAUGAUGAGUGUACAUUUUUCUGGUUUUUUUGGUCAUCCUGGGAUACUUCCAGUUUCACUGUAUGUAGGAUUUUGUUCUUGGAAUUCAUUAAUUUUUGGACAUGUGGAAAGCUUCUUGUUAAUAAAAUAGAUUUUACUUA